GUUCAACCUCCUUGGUCAGUCAUGGUAUGCUCCUUGCUAUGUUAGCUACCCGCCAAGCCAUUUAAUUUGCCUUUUCGUCCUUUGACCUUCCGAUCAUGACGUCAUCAGAACGGCACGACAGGUUUCGUAAGUUUUGCUGACCACCAAGAAGUAACAAAUGUGUCGUUGGAUUCUGUAGGAGAAGAAGGAGAAAUACCACAACUGUCCUGCUGAUCGGCUGCUUGAGAAAAUAUAAACUUCUCUCAAAAUGAUAGGAUGUCAAAGGAGAAUUGCUUUGCUGUGCAUCAAAAAGCCAGCACUUAAGAAAUGUACUUGGAGUGAACACAAUAUAAUGAACAUUAGGCAAGCAACACAAACGGGCAGUUCCAGGACGGUUUACGGUCAUUACAGUUCCCACUGUGCCAAUGUAGCACCCAACACCAGGCAGCUGCUGGGAGUGCCCACACCUUACCUUCAGUCCAGACUGGUACAGACUGGGAGGGGUCGUCACGACUGGAGACAGAAGAACAAAAGUUUGAUGAUGUACAUCGGGGGGAUUGGAGUGCUGGUAGCAGGACUGGCUUACGCCUGUGUACCACUCUAUAGGAUGUUCUGUCAGGCCACUGGUUUGGGAGGAACAGUCAAGCAUGGAUCAGAGACAGUAGCACAAAUGAAACCUGUGGAAGACCGGGAACUGGAAAUCCGCUUUAGUGCAGACACGGCAGCCAGCAUGCGAUGGAACUUUCGACCAAGACAGUCUUCUAUCAAGCUGGUUCCAGGUGAGACAGCGUUGGCCUUCUACACCGCACGGAACCCAACCAACCAGCCAAUCAUCGGUAUCUCCACAUACAAUGUGGUGCCGUUUGAAGCAGGACAAUAUUUCAACAAAAUUCAGUGUUUCUGUUUUGAAGAACAGAGGUUGGAGCCACAUGAGGAGGUUGACAUGCCAGUCUUCUUCUUCAUUGACCCGGAGUUUGCAGACGACCCUGCCAUGUACAAAGUGGACUCCAUUACUUUGUCUUACACCUUUUUCGAGGCAAAGGAUGGGCUCAGAUUACCAUUGCCAGGAUACAGCUAGUUAUAACUUGUAAAGACUUACAUGUACAUGUAUGAUGGAGCAUCAACAGGGAAUCUGGUGCAUUUUUUAGCAUGUGUAAUAGGUAUUUGUCAAACUAGAAUGUAUGAAACUUCUAUAAAAUAAGAGUUCAAUAGGCAAGAACUGAGACUGUCAGAAGUACAUGGCAGACUUUGAUGCCACCAGUUACAAUUGGUUUGGAAGUGUGUACAGUAGAGGACUUUGAUUACAAACUUGUAGUGAGGAAUGAAGAAAGCAUUGCAGGAUGUUCCUUGAUUUUAUCUUCAGUAAUUAUUGUGUAAUGAUGUGGGAGUGUUUGCCCUCCAAGCAUGACAACACCAUUUAUCUGUUAUUAUUAAAAUUGGACUGGUACCUGUAA